GCGCGCGGUCCGGACGGGAGGAGGCGCGGCGCCUCUUCGGAGCGUUGGUUCCGCGCGGGCCGGGGCGGGCGGUGCCUCCGCCCUGGCUGUCCCGAGCGGGGGCGGGAAGCUGCAGUUCAGCGACGCCCCUUUCCCGCUGGGGGUAACGCGCUGGAGCCACCCCCCGUCAGCCUCGCUGCCGGGAUAACGGCCCCUGCCUCCAGGAAACCGUCGCCGUGCUCAGCCCCCUAUUGGGUGGAGCGCCUCAAUGUGACACCGGCCACAACGGUGCUGCGCCGCCACCUCGCUCCCUGGGACGGGGGCCCCCUCGGGGCGGUUUGGAAGCUGUUUAUGCAUAUAAUUUGUCAUUCCCUUCCCUCACUGUGGAGCAUGUAAAUCCUGCAAGAGACUUGUUUUCUCAAUGGAACUUCAGGGCCUAUGGUUUCACCCCUUGUAAACAAUGCUUCAAGCAGUAUUAAUUCCCACAGAAAUCCAGGAGAUGUCACUAGCUGACCCAGUCACCACCUGUCUUUCCCCUGCAGUGCAUUAUAUGGUUUGCAAACUUGGAUUUAAGAUAAAAGACAGCCAUUCAGUUAAUAGUAUUGUGUCUGAAAAUGGUAACGUAUGCUGGAGAACAAUCACAGAGCUUGUGCAUUACCGUGAAUCAGAUCAAAAUGUGGAUUAUAUAAAAAGUGUGCAGCUGUUAGGACCUUUAUGUGAAUCUGUUCAUUUGCAUCUACAAUCCCUGACCAUGGAACAGUUUGAAGUUCAGUACUCAUUGUGGUUCCAGUGGACAAACUGUACGGAGCUACUCCUUGAAGUGUUUGCUGCACUGGAUAGCAUGGAAGCUACAGCAAUUGCACUUAGCUUAAUGAAACUAACAUCGUGUCUGGAGCGAGCCUUAGGUGAUGUUUUCUUACUAGUUGGUAAGGACUGUCCAUUCCUUUUAAGAGAUUUGCUUGCAUCUCAGGAGCUUGCUGCAGUCUUUGGACAAUCUGUGAUGAAUGUGCUAAGAGUAUUCAUUGGGUCUCCAUAUGGUCUAAAUCUCCGUAACAUUUUGUGGCAUGGAUUUGCUUCCCCUCAAGAAAUUCCUGCAAAAUAUUGCUCUAUGCUGCUUAUUUUAACUGCAGGAUUGGGCCAGUUGCUAAAGAUAUACCUAUUGCAAACUGAAACCAUUUUAGUACAUCGACCUUAUAUAGCCUUCACUAACUUAAAGGAGUUGGACAUUUUUCCAGGUAUUAAUCAUGAAGCACUUUCCUUAACUGAGGAACUAGCAAAGAUAUCCAGUUUUGUAUUAAAGCCAAUGUUACCAUUUUGGGUUGCUGCACUAACAGCUUUCAGGCAACACAGGUAUGCUGACUGUGUUAUACUGUUACUCCCUCAGCUGGAAACUGGACUUAGGUUACUCUUCACCACAGUUAAUAAGUGUCCAAAUAGACUGCUAACUGCUGAGUCAUCUUCUUUUUAUACUACUUUUGAUGAGAUGCUAACAAAACAGCUGAAUGACAAAGAGAUCAAUCAGCUUCCUCUAAUUCUUGGAGAACCUUCAAUGGAAUUCCUUUGGGAUUUCUUGAACCAUCAAGAGGGUCCACGUGUAAGAGAUCAUUUAAGCCAUGGAGAGAUCAACUUAAAUGAGUUUCCAAGAGAAAUAGCCAAUCAGAUACUUGCAUUUUCAGUUACACUUUUAUGCAGAUUUUCAGAAGUGGAGGAGCUCACAGCUCUUAAGGAACACACCGCCAUUAAACCACUGAUCAGCUGUGCAAGUUGCUACCGUUCUCGGUUUCAUCCAAUUGCCCGACUUAAGAAACAGGUGCUGGAGUGUAUGAAGAGCAUUAGUUCAUGGCCUGAGCUUCCUAUAGUGCCUGAAGAGCAAAUUCAAGAAAUUCCAGGGUUGGAAAGAAGUGCAGAAAGUAGUCCUUGUAUUUCUUUGACUACAGAAAUCCUCUCUCAGUUGCAACACCAUUUGCCCCAGAAUUGCUACAUUUUAGAUGAUCUAAUGAAUAAUCUUCUAAGUGAGAAGCUGCUGGUUCAACUCUGUAGUACGCACAUUUGUACCCUGUACUGCCCACGUUCUGUACUGGAAAUAUUGGUUGUGUUCCGUAAGAUAAGCACACAGUGCCAUCAAGUGUCAGAUCAAGUUAUUGCUAGCACUGAAAUGAGAUACAAAAAGUGGAUAAACAAGAUACUGCGUUCGCGACAGAGGCAUAACUAUCUACGAAUGUUAAACAGUAUUAAAUUUCUGUCUCCUGUGUUACGGCUGAUUUUAAUGUUGAUUAUUUUGGAACUAAUCAACAUCCAUACUGUUUGUGAGAAGAAUCCUUGUGAUUAUCAGCAGUAUAUAAAGUUUCUAAAGUCAAUCUUGCAGUAUACUGAGAACUUGGUGACAUACACAAGCCCGGAGAAAAACAAAUGGGAUGAAUCCAUGGAGCUUACGCACAAAGCUUUGAUAAAAAUUAGGACUUUCAGCGAGAGAAAGCUAACAUUAAUGCAGCUAGCGACACAAGUGAAGCUGUCUUGAAAACAAUUGGUUUCUGUUACAUCUCAAAAUUAUUUUUUUUUAAUGCCUCAAAACUUAAUGUGGCCAAAAUUCUUAGAAUAUUUCUACUCCUUUCUUUGAGUGCAGCUUCCAUCAAAAUGCCUUUGGAAGCAGAAUUUGGCACGUAGUGACAGUGUUGCUGAUUGGAGUUGGAUAAUUGCACUUCCUGAAAAUGUCAAGUGCACAAUGGACCUCAAAAUGAUUUGAAAUGUAUCUAUUAUUUAAGUAUACUAUGUGUACUUUAAACUUAUUUUUUUAAUUUUUUUUAUAGUGUACCUGAAAAUGACCAGGAAAACAACUGAAAUAAAUGUAUUGGGAAAAAUAUUGAACUGAAAAAAAGCUAUCAGUGUGGUGAAGCUAAUAUUUGGUCCUUUCCAUGGCCACAUGCGACCCAUUAUCUCUCAUAUGCGCUUAUACAAAUCCCCCGCUCCCCACAACAACAACAAAAACCAACAAAACCACAUUACAACAUUUUGAGUUAACAGCAUUUCCUGAAAUCCUUGUUUGCUGAUAUUAGCACAGAAAUGGGCAAACCUUGGUGUGUGAUUUUUUUUUUAAGAAAGUUUUUGUGUCUAGAAUUUGCAACUGUUUACAUGCAAAAAUACUAACAUUUUUGUGUUCUCAGCAAUAAAUAUUGAGUAUUUUUUACACUCACUGUCAUGGUACCUUUUUUGGUUAGUUUAAUUUUUCAUUUUAUCUGCUAAUAGCGAUCUUUAAUUAUUCAUAGUUUGGGUAGAAAUUUGGUUUUGUACAUUGAAAAAUCAGAAAACAGAAAUGUUCAUCUUGAUCCUAAAGGUGAUAUUAUGUCCUUAUGUUGCGUACCUCAUUUUUAUCUUUGUUUUUAAAAAAUUAUGAAAAUAAAUCUCUCUUCUGCCCCCCCCCCAAAAA